AUGUGUUUUGCGGAUAUACUCCGGAAAGUAAAAGGAUCCCCAGAACUUAAAACAGUUGGUGAUGAUGUUCACUCCAUUAGGAAAACACAGAAAGGUGAACUUCUACUUGAAUUCAAAAGAUCAACGGAAGCAACAAUGGUAUAUCAAGCUAACAUCAAGACUAUACUGCCCGAAGAAAUUGAGGUCAAAACACUGACAGAAGAAGUCACAUUGGAACUCAGAUACCUAGACGAAAUAACUACAAAGGAGGAAAUAAUUACAGCAUGGAAAGAACAAAUAGGAGCAAUACAACCAUCGGCAAUAAAAACAAUAAGAAGCGCCCCUGGAGGUACCAGGACGGCUAUAAUUCAAAUGCAACAAGGCAUCGAUAUGGACGUGUGCUGUUAUCUACCCCCCAGCCUAUCAAUCGAAGAAUUCAAACAGCGACUGGACGAUAUUGUUAAAGACGCUAAAAGUAUAAAGCCGAUACUGAUUGCCGGCGAUUUCAAUGCUUGGGCCUUUGAGUGGGGUUCAACAUUGACAAACCCCAGAGGUGAGUGCCUACUAGAAGCAUUGGCCACCCUGGAUGUAGUGUUACUGAACUGUGGUCAAAAGGACACGUUCUCAAGGAACGGUAGGAGCUCUAAGAUUGACCUGACAUUUAUCAGUGAUCCACUAGCUAACUCAACAGACUGGCAAGUGUCAGAUAUCUACACGCAUAGUGACCACCAAGCUACUGUCUUCGAAAUACAUGAACGCUCAACAAGAGCUAUUCCUGCGGCAACUACCUCAAAUCUCCGAUGGAAAGAGUUAACUUUGGACAAAGAAGCCUUUAAGCUCUUAAUGGACGACAUCCAUCUAACUGGCAGUGCGAAUGACAAAGCAAUAAAACUCAUGCGCUGCAUAACAAAUGCAUGUAACGCAUCUAUGGCAAAGAAAGGCCGGCGGAAUGGCAGACAGCAUGUAUACUGGUGGACCGACCAAAUUUCCGAGCUGAGAAGAAAAUGCAAACAUGCGCGGCGCCUAUGUCAAAGAGCAAGGGGUCGUGGAAACUUCAUAGCGCACCAGGAAGCCUAUAAAAUUUCGAGAAAUGAAUUAAAAAAGGCGAUAGCAAAUAGUAAGACAAGAUGUUACAGGGAGAUGUGUGAUGAGGUCGAGAAUAACCCCUGGGGACUAGGGUACAAGGUGGUUAUGAAAAAACUAUAUAGCUACCGCCCACCAGUUACAAUAGACGCAGUUAAGCUACAAGCAAUAGUUGAAGGUCUCUUCCCGCAGAGAGCUGAAAUAAUCUAUACAGUACAAGAUAGUGAGCCACAGAAUGAAAUACCUGAGGGCAAUAACGCGCAAGAUGCAUCGGGCUACCGCCCUCUAUGUAUGAUUGACACGACCGGUAAACUCUUAGAAAAGAUAAUCAGCCGAAGACUUGAGGAAGCCUUGAAUGGCAGCGGUCUUUCAGAUAGACAAUUUGGCUUUCGGAAAGCAUACUCUACAAUAGACGCAGUGGAAGCAGUCAUAGCCAUAGCAAAGGAUGCCAUUAAAGGAAUCCGUUGGCUCGAAGGAGAUAAAGAAUACUGUGCCAUUAUUACAUUAGACGUUAAAAAUGCAUUUAACUCGGCUGCUUGGGACACUAUACUAGCAGCACUUCAUGGGAAAAAUGUACCAAAAUGUUAUGUGAAAAGUGAGUGGAAAAUUUGUUUAAAACGACAUGCACAGGCAAUUGUGUAG